CGGGUGCGGUUGGAGCGUUCUCGGAUAUUUAGCCCUAACUGCUAUGACAUCUCUUCUCUUACAAGGAUCCGAUCUGUCGGCUGAGGCACAGUUAGAAGCUCUGGGAGUUGUCUCAUUUAAAGGAUGUAAGCUUGGGGUAGACCAGGCAUUGGUUUCCGAUCCACGGUCCUAUGCGGAGCAAUUGAUUCAAGGAGUAAUAGGCAUUAUCCUCAAUUUGGACGCAGGAUCAUCCCCCUCCGCAUACGAAUUUUACGAGGAAGCCCUCAAUCUGAUAAUCGUAAUGGCGUCCACUCAACUACAGCACCCAACAUCGGAGCCGAGCGAGAAGAACUACUUUUUGAAUUUGGUGCUGGAGAAGUUCAGUCAACUAGCGGACCAAUUGACCCUGCGGCUUCUCUGGAACUUUACAGAUCAACGGCCAGGUCCACCAUUGGCAGGAGGACUUGUAUACAAUGCCUACAGCUAUUUGUUUGCAAAAGCAGGAUCGUCGCCAUCUUCAGAGGCGCAUCCUAUAGCGGACAGGAGCAUUUUGGUCCUGCUACUGCUCCAUUCUCAGGCGAAGGGAAAUCCUGAAUGGGACGCAUUCAAGAGAUCCAUCCAAAACAUCCGCGACGAACGAGGUCCCAUGGCUGAUGAUGUAAAGGACAAUAUCAUUUUCACUCCGUUCCGCAAGAUUUUUCAUGUUGUUUGCCAGCAAAUUCACUGCGAAGAGGUCUGCCUACUCCUGCAUGUGCUGCUCGUCGAGAAUACGUACUUCAGGACAUAUGUUUUGUCACGGACGGACCCGGAAACCUUGUAUCUUCCUAUCCUCCGCAUGGUCUACGAAGGCGUCGAGGGCAGAACAAAUUACUCGCAGGUUUAUGUCCUUCUGGUGAUUUUGCUCCUGUUCAGUCAGGACGACGUAUUUAAUGAAAGCAUUCAAAAGAUUCCAAUGACGUAUCAGCCCUGGUUUACCGAGAGAUUACUCAAGUCGAUUUCGCUUGGAGGACUGGCUGUUGCAAUUAUUAUUAGAACUAUUCAGUAUAACCUGGCACAACACAAGGACGUGUACUUUCACACAAAUUCAUUAGCAAUUCUUGCCAAUAUGUCGAAUUCAUUACAGGACAUGCAUCCAUACGUAUCACAACGGCUAGUAACACUGUUCGAUAUUGUUGCGAGGAGGUACCAGAAGCUGGUUACUAAGCACGCGCAGCUGGAUGAAAACAUUGAAAAGAAUGCUGAUGUGAUUAUUUAUGGCGAUAUGGUGGUAUUGGUCCUGGAGAUCAUCAACUCGACCCUGACCCACAAGCUGAAGACCAACCCGCAGCUGGUGUAUUCGCUCCUCCACAAACAGGAGAUGUUUGCAUAUUUCCGUAACGAUCUCAAAUUCAAGGAUCUGAUCCAAAACAUUGAGCAGGCGGUCAAUUACUUUCAACAAAAGGUGUCCGAGGCCAACAUCAAGGCUCCGACACCAGAGGAGGUUGCACAGGUGAUCCAGACAGCGUCCAGGACGUGGCCUCCUAACCUGAUGAAGACGUUUCCGGACAUCAAGUUUGAGUAUGAAGAGGAAGAGCAGGCGAACGAAUUUUUUUGUCCGUAUGUCUGGUCGCUGUUGUACCGGAAUACGUUUGUGUAUUGGGAUGAAGAGAAGGCGAAGAUUUUACAUGAUUAUAGAACGGUGAUGAAUGACGAGAGUGCCUUCGAAGGCGUGCCAACUGGGGGUCAGGCACCCCUUCCAUGAGCGAUCAAGAUAGAACACGCGAUGGGAAACAGACCCCAUGGAUCACGGCAGUUCAAUAAUGGUAAUGAUAAUGACAUAAUUAAAAAAAAAAACUCUCUCUCUUUAUUGGUAAUUUUACGUCAAAAAUGGAGCGUAUAUCAUUUUGAACAGGCGUUGUAUGCAACUUCAAGGAGAGGGGGGCGUAUCGUAAU